AUUAAGAUGGCAAUCCCAUAAAAAAGAAUUCGACGAGCUGUGGACGAUUGCAAAUUAAGAAGUAAAUGCAUGAGACGGGUGUCCAGUGGGUGGAACUAAGAAGCUCGACGGCGGGGAGAGAAAGAGAGAGAGAGAGAGCAGCAACAGACGGCUGAUCCAGUUAUUCAGGUCCUUCAACAGAUGGCUGAUCCAGUUAUUCAGGUCCUUCUGGGGAGCCUAGUUAAAUUCCUGGAGGAGAAGGCUAAAUCCAUCUGUGAACUCCGUGACCAAGUGAAGGCGGUGGAAGCUGAACUAAGAAGGAUACGGUGCCUCCUCAAUGAUGUGGAGAGUCCUAGCGGGAAGAAACAAACGAUCAAGAAUUGGGUGAAUGAGAUGCGUCAGGUGGCCUGCGAAAUAGACGACGUCCUCGGUCCUAGACACCUUCCACGCAGAAGUUGAAAGCCAAUGUGUCAGGAGCGAUUUCGUGGCAAACACGAAGAGGUAUGUCCACAUGCCAAAGGUGAUGAAGGCCCGCUUGGAGAUAAGCUCCUCGAUUAACAAGAUCAGGGAGAGAAUCGGUACCAUCAGGAGUAGGGAGGACUUGGAUAUCCAGAACAUCGACAAGGGAGAAGACCCUGCGAGAGAAAGCUUGUUGGCUAGGAGGAGGAGGGACGCUUGUGAAGAAAACGAACAGAAUGAUGUGGUGGGACUAGAGAAGGAAAUCAACACGUUGGUGAAGCGAUUAAUUGAAGGGGAAACAAGACGCUGCGUGAUCUCCGUGGUCGGCCAAGCUGGGCUUGGCAAGACGGUUCUGGCCAGAAAUGUGUACAACCGUGUCAAGAGCAGCUUCAUCUCUGCUGCUUGGAUCCAUCUGUCGAAGCUCAAGACGAAAGAAGUUCUGAAAGAGCUGUGUACAGCCGUCCUUAGCCUUCCUGGAGACAAGAUAGGGCAGCAGAACGAGGAAGACAUGCGAGCGAGUAUACAAAAAGAAUUGAAGGAGAUGAAGUACCUGGUUGUUCUCGAUGAUGUAUGGACGCCUGAGGCAUGGGAUGCUGUUAGAGGAGCUUUGCCCGAUGGGAACACGGUAAGCAGAGUUCUGAUGACUACACGAGAUGUAGGGGUUGCUAAACACGCUGAUCUGCAGACUGACCCUUACAUGCUGCCCUUGCUGAACGAAAAAGACAGUCAUGAGCUGUUCCGCAAAAACGCGUUCCCCACGCCUCCCCACUCAUGCCCCCAUGAGUUGAAAAGUUUGGCGACCCAGAUUGUGCAAAAAAGCGGUGGCCUACCGCUAGCACUCGUUAACCUGGGAGCCAUUCUGUCUAAAAAAGAACCAACGGCUCGAACAUGGAAGCAUGUAGUUGCCGGUCUCGACUGGGAGCUUAACAAAGGUGAGAUCGCGAGCAUCCUGGACCUGAGCUUUGACUACUUGACUUCUGAUCUGAAAUCCUGUUUGCUUUAUUGCUGCGCAUUCCCGGGGAACUUUGAAAUCCGAGUCAGGAGACUAUUAAGACAGUGGAUUGCAGAAGGUUUUGUACAGAAACAAGGGAGAAGGAGACUGGAGGAAGUUGCCAUGGACUACUUGGUUGAAUCGGUCGAGAGGAGCCUGAUUCAACCUUGCAAAAGGAACUCCUUUGGGCAAAUCAAAUCGUGCCGAGUUCAUGAUGUUCUGCUUCAAAUGUUGGUAACUACAGCAGAGGAGCAGAAUUUCUUUCGAACUCACUCGGCGGCCGACGGACACCAUGAUCUGUCAAAUUGCCGCCGCCUCGCCGUCCACCAUAAUUGCCUUCAGCAAAGAACACAGACGCUGCUGCGUCUGACUCGCUCGUUCAUCUCCUUCCAAAAAAGUGAAGCACCAACCUGUUAUGAUCUAGUUGAGAAUUUCAAGCUGCUUAAAGUUCUAGAUCUUGAAGGUGUUCGCGGUGUAAAGAAACUGCCCAACGAGAUUGGAGAUUUGGUCCUAUUGAGAUAUCUGGGCCUGAGGAACACAUCAAUUGAAACGCUGCCCAGAUCCAUCAAGCAACUCCACAACCUGCAAACAUUGGAUCUGAGAACUUCUGCCAAUGUUAGUCUAUCACCAUCUAAAAUCCCGUUGAAGUACUUCAAGGCAAAGCAUCUAAAGUACAUGACCAGUCUAAGGCAUUUAUAUUUCGGGAAUAGACGCCACGAAAAUUUUAAUGCCAUGGAAGUUCCUGACGAUUUUGGAGCGAAGGGUGCCUUAAAGGAGCUGCAGACGCUAUCUUAUGUGAAGGCUGGUGGUUGGGUGGGAAAGGGUUUACCCACCAUGACAAGCCUCGAUGAUCCCUUAUUGGGAUUACAGACGUUGCAAUCGCUCAAGAGUUUGAGGCUCGUCAACAAUGCAUACAAUGGCAAGACAAUGGGAUGCCUAAAAGAUGGGUUCCCUAAUCUUGAAGUCUUGAACAUUGAACAUUUGGAUUCUUUAGCGGACAUACAUGUGGAAUCUGGAGCCUUUCCUCAACUCAAAUACAUGAGAAUUGCCAGUUGCAACAAUUUGGUUGAGAUCCCUGAAGGGUUGGGGACAAUGGGCAUUCUUAAGGAGCUGAAACGAUAG